GUGAGCGCGGUUCCUACACAUCUGCAGAAAUAUUCUGACGGACUUAGAGUCGCAAUCCGCCAGAAAAUAGCGAUGGGGACGACAAGCCGAAGCCCACAAAGUCUCUCAUGGCGACAAUUUCAGUCCUACUGAUCGGUGUCUUCAUCUCGCAAGCCGACACCUCGCUAGUGCUCGCAACGUACGGCAAGAUCUCAUCGGAGUUCCACGACCUCGAAAGCGGAUCCUGGCUUCUGUCGAGCUACAUGUUGGCCAUGUGCGUUUCCCAACCGUUCUUCGGGAAGCUGUCGGAUAUAUAUGGUCGCAAGCGGUGUCUGCAGGUUGCAUACACUUUGUUCGCGAUCGGAACUGCCGGAUCUGGGCUGGGUCUGUCUAUGGGCCAAGUGAUUGCUGCUCGUGCGAUCCAAGGCGCUGGCGGAGCUGGCAUGGUGUGCAUGGUCUCGAUCCUAUUGACGGAUCUCGUACCCCUUCAUGAGGUAGCGCAGUAUCGCAGUUACGUCAAUGUCGUGCAGACAGUCGGCCGGAGCUGUGGCGGUGUGAUUGGAGGUUUCCUCGCAUCCACAAUCGGAUGGCGAUGGGCGUUCCUCGCGCAAUGCCCCCCUAUCUUCUUCUCCAUCUUGCUUGUCCAGUGGAAGCUCCACGUACCCCAGAAGAGCCUUGAGAAUAGUAGCAACGAGAGUAGCUGGGAUAAACUCAAGAGAAUCGACUUUGUAGGCGGCCUUUGGCUGAGUCUGACGAUCCUCGCGGCGCUGCUUGUGCUCGAUACCGGCGGCCAGAAAUUUCCGUGGAGCCAUCCGAUCAUUAUCGCCUCGGCCUGCGUCGCAGCGGUCGGAGGCGUGGCCUUCUGUCUGGUGGAACGCUACUGGGCGAAAGAGCCCAUAUUUCCCCUGCAGCUGCUCACCCACUACGUCGUUGUUACCUCGUAUACAAUUGUGUCCUUGCAAGCUCUUGCGCAGACGUCUUUGAUGUUCAUCGUCCCGAUAUACUUCCAGGUUACUAGGAACGCAUCGACCGCAGUUGCUGGGGCAUCGAUGGUUCCGGCAGUUCUAGGCAACACAGUGGGAGGUUUGUUAACGGGCUACUGGAUCAAGAGGACCGGAUGGUACAAGCUUCCUACUAUUGUCGCCUGCAUUAGCGCCGGACUCGCGUUCACUUUGAUGUUAACCAUGUGGUGGGGCCAUACCGGCAUCCUGGGUGAUCUUGUCAUAUUCCCAGGUGGCUUCGCGACAGGCGUGGCGCACUCGGCUGUAUUCAUCGGCCUAACUUCAGGAGUUGCAGAGCAUGAGGUCGCCAUUGCAGGAUCCGGCAUGUAUUUGAGCGUCAGCGUUGGCGCCGUCAGUGGUAUCAGCGGAGCAAGCGCUAUCUUCCAGAUUAUCUCGAACGCUUUAUCCGACAUCAACUAUAUCCAGAACGUAAAAGGGCACUUGCGCGACUUGAUGCUCCCGGCGUAUAUUUCCGCAAUCCACCUCGUCUUCGUGCUCGGCCUCGUUUCCUCUGUUGUCGCCUUUGCAGUUGCGGUGUUUACAAGGGAGAGGAAGCUGUUGCGGUGA